AUGACAGAUCGAUCCUAUAUGCUUAUCGACCUCUUCUCAGUAGAGGCUCUGGACACCAGGCUCCAGGCGCCUUUAGACGAGAAAAAGCGAGAGCAGAUCAAGGCACGGGCGACGGAGCCACGAUGGCGCACGCCUGAGUUUUAUUUUUAUGCUGCGAAUUUCGUUGUUUUCGUCCCGUUGAUGUUUAUUAUUGCUCAUAAUGCCACAUCGUCCUCAAGCCCCAACUACAGCAAAUUCGAGCAUUUACUGUCUCCAAGUUGGUUUGGAACGAAAGUAGAUAACUCUGACGCGCAAUAUCGCGGGUUUCGGGACCCAUUCCCGCUGUUGGUAGCGUUAAUUGGUGUCCACCAGGCGGCGAGACGGAUGUGUCCUGUGUACAUUUCCAGAAUACAAUUCGACGCGAUUUUUGGUGUUUUGCUACUUUUCGUACUUCAUGGCUUCCAUGCCCUCAAGGUUCUGUCUUUGCUUGCCAUCAAUUUCUACAUUGGUGUGAAUACUUCUCGUCCGUAUGCCUUGACCUGGGUGUUUGGCGUGGCAUGUCUCUUUGCCAACGAACUGAGCGGCGGGUAUCCUUUGGGCAAAAUCUCGCCAUAUCUAGGCUUUCUUGAGACUUUUGGCGGAGUAAUUCCUCGCUGGGAAGUGUUUUUCAAAUGCACGAUGCUGCGAAUGGUGAGUUUCAAUGUCGACAGACUCGAAGCGAUUGAAAAGAAACCGGGUAUUGGCGAUGCAUCUAAUCCAGAACUGCAGAGAGUUUCAACGCCUCACCCUGCAUCUCAGUAUGACUUUGUGACGUAUUUGGGGUACUGCUUGUAUUCUCCACUGCUGAUUGCAGGUCCUAUUAUUGGUGCUCAUGACUAUAUUUCGCAAGCUCACCACCGUCUCCCCUCAAUUGACCCCAAACGCACACUGCUGUAUGCAAUUCGUUUCGCUGUAUGUUUUUUGACAAUGGAGUUUGUCUUACAUUACACUCACGUCGUUGCAAUGCAACAGACACGGGCCUGGGAAGGACAGACCUCAGCAGAAAUUACCAUGAUUGGGUUUUUCUCCCUGGUAGUUAUAUGGCUCAAGCUCAUGAUUCCCUGGCGAUUUUUCAGACUGUGGUCGCUAAUUGACGGCAUCGAUCCUCCCGAAAACAUGGUGAGAUGCGUGGCUAACAAUUACUCUGCCCUUUCCUUCUGGCGAUCGUGGCACCGCAGCUACAAUCGGUGGGUGGUGCGUUACCUCUAUAUUCCUCUAGGAGGCUCGUCAAGGCCCCUAGUAAAUGCGUUAAUUGUAUUCACGUUUGUCGCUUUAUGGCAUGAUAUACAGCUACGACUGUUUGCUUGGGGAUGGCUUGUUGUAAUUUUUGUUAUGCCAGAGAUGCUAGCUACCAUGGCAUUCCCACAGAAAAAGUGGCAUACCAAACCUAUUUAUCGGCACUUGUGUGCAUUAGGAGCCGUUGGUAAUAUCUGGAUGAUGAUGAUUGCGAACCUGGUCGGGUUUGCCGUGGGCCUUGAAGGGAUCAAGGCCAUGCUAUACGAUAUGCUCACCACGGCCCGCGGCCUUCAAACGGCGAUCCUGUGCUCUAGUUUGCUGUUUGUUGGAUCGCAAGUGAUGUUCGAAGUACGCGAGCGAGAACACCGAGCAGGAAUUGAUCUGCGGUGUUAA